UCCUGAAGCCCACCCAGCAGAACAGCUCACCAGCAGCAUGGCGUUAAAAACUAAAAGGUCUCCUCUCCUUUUUGCGAUGUUGCAGGAUGAUGCCAAUUAGACUAAUCUUUUAGGACAGGAUAGGGGCUGACGAAGUUCUCAAAACAUAGACCGCGUGCAGAUGAAACGCACGUACAGUUCUCCUGUAGAUACUCAACAAGGAAAGAAGGACCGAAGAAAGACUGAAGAGGACGAUCACUGCACACAGAGGGAUACCAUCACCCUGAGUAAACACAGACAAGCCUCCUCGCCAUCCGGCUGCCUGUCAGACUCUCUGCUGAACCUCAUCUGACCCUGCCAAGUCAGCCCAGCCAGGACAAGAAGGAGGAAAAGACAAGGAGUAAAAGGAAGAAGAAGAAGAAGACAGUACCUGGAGAAGCAGAGUAGCAGAAGAAGAAGUUGGCUGGUAAAAAUGAUCCUGCUGGUGUUCCUGCUGAUGUCUCACUGCUGCUGGGGUCUAGCUGCAGCAGAAAGCAACUCACAACUAGAGAGGAUUGACAGAUGCCAGACAAGGUGUUCUCAGGGACUUCACUGCAAGACCAAACCAGACUAUUGGUUUCAUCCGCCGUGCCAGAACCCUCCUGGAGGCCUCAACACCAGCUCUGUGCUCCACAACGUCAGCCUCUCCACAGUGAUGAGGUGUGAAGGGAGGCAGAAGUGCUCGCUGCACCUCAGAAUCAAAACGGCUUUACACCUUGCUGAUUCCAUACAUGGUGUGUCUGUUUGCACCGUGGCCUCAGGGAUGAUGACAAACUGCCAAAUUUUCAGCUUCACAAAAGCAUCAAGAGCAAAGAUGUCUGGACUGCAGGUCGAAGUUGAGAACGACUGCACUGACAUUUCUCCAAACCAACAAGUGCAAGUUACUGUGAAAACUGUACCAAGCUACUGUGGCUUAACCUGGACUGGCACCUACAAAGCUCCAGGAUGCAUCAGGGAGGAUUUGAGAAGACACGUCCCAGAUUGCAUCACUGGUAGACUGUCGUACAAUGUCAACUCGGAGAGAAAAGAGCUGAGCGUCCAAGUGUCAGACAUGCUUGACGAUCAAGACUACCACGUCCGUCUGUGCCACAAGAAUUUCAUCUGCAUUGGCACAGGAGCCAAUACACUGAUAAAGAAGGAGCAACCCAUAAAGAGCGUCAUCCUCCCAUACUCUCGACCUUUGCCCUGCCUCUGCAUCGAGGGUUGGUCAGCAGUGAUGGACGCCCCUAGAGUUCAGCUCUGCCCAUUCAAAGACCAUGUGGAGGAACUUUGGUCUGGAAUUACCUUUGACCCACUGGAGGAGACUCUGUUGUGGGAACCUUCUUGUCCGAUCACUGCUGUGGCUGCAUUGUGUCAGAAACGAGAGGACGGCGUCUGUUUGGAUCUGCCUCAGUCCUCCCAGAAUGUCAGCAGGGAGAAGCUAACAUUUACAAAAGUGGAUCCACACCCUCAGCUGUGCGUGAAGUUUACUGCCGGCUCUGAUUCCUGGACCAAGUGCCCUUUUGCUGAUGGGAGAUUUCAAGCAUGGGAGGUGACUGAGACGAGACAACAUGGGCACGAAGAAGUGAAGAUGUCAUCGCAGAUUACUGCCACGUUUUCUGUGGGUCUGUGUGUGAAGUCUGCAGGUUCAUCUGAUUGUCCCGUCACUAAAACGCACACUGUGCACGUGGAGAAACACAAAGCAGUUGACCUGGAGCUGGCGGGGGAACUGUGCGGCUCUUGCCUCCAGGUGAAGAGAGUUGAUGUGAAGCAUGCUGCCACGGUUAUUUACUGUCUCAAGCAGUGCAAUCAACCACCUGCAAGAGCUGUCGUCGCCCCUCAAGCAUCUUUGGACUUGACCUGGGUUGUUAUUCCAGCUGGCGUUUGCCUCUCUGCGAUCAUAAUCAUCACUCUGGUGCUCCAUGUGAUGCUAACAGUGUAUCAGAGGAGGAAGCAAAAAAGAAAUAGAGUCAGCACCUCUGAAGAGCAAAAAGAUCCUAAUCUUGAAUGCGUGGUCUCUGCACUACAAGCUCAACCCGUUCUCCAUGAAGGGGUCCUCAUACCUGAUUCACCGCAUUGUAAAAACAACGAGAAGGCCAACCUCAUCUCUCAGUGACCAAACAAGAAUGCUCCGGUCUAACGCAUUCCUUGCAUUUGUACAGUAAAAAGAUGUUACAACAAAACAAGAAGUUCUCUGUUGCAUUAAGUAUACAUUAUUGGAGAGAAAUUUCAAACGUUAGUAUCUUGCUGUUGAUGUGCUUGUUUGUAUGCUUGUUCUAGUUACUGGCUGUUGUUCAUGUAUUUUGUGUGGUGUUGUCUGUUUUAUAACACAUAUGUUAAGUUAAAAUAUCAAUUCAUCUUGCAGCUAAAGAGUCCCCAUCCUAAUUUAAAUGUCUAUUUUCAAUAAAAAAUACAAAAUAUGGAA